UGUGAGCACGGAACAAAUGGGUGGGAUAUAAUAAAACAGAGCCUCAUUUCUUUCCCUGUGCCCUCUUGUAUUGCACUUGGUUCGACAUUCUGGUCUGUCUGGCGCUGGUUUCGCAUUCCAUCAUCUUCCAACGUGUCUGUGUUCUGCUGUUUCUCGCAUUGCCUCACGCGAACAUCUCUAUCUAUCAUGGAGAACCGCCUUACCACCUCCCGGCCUACCUCGUCGUCAGAGACCGAGACUCGUUCCAACAGUCCACCAAGGUCCCGGUCCAGCAUGAAUAAACUCGAGCCACCGCCCCCGACCCCAGCCUAUGAUGCAUCCGCUCUCUUGAUCCAGCCAUCGCCGCUGCUUACCUCGUCCUUACAUUCCCGAAACUCGGCAACUUCAGCUCAAGAAUCUGCAUAUCUGCGACAGGCGAAAUGGCUCCGAUGGACCCGAGGUGUGCUGUCGAUUUUGACCAUUGCCACUGCCACCGCUGCUGUGGGCUGCGAGGGACAUGUCUUGCACCGUUAUAACAGAACGCACACGAGUUCCAAUUGGCAUUUGCCACCGCUGUGGCCGACAGAUGUGGAUGUGAGGCCGACGUUGGCCAUAUUGAUCUCGGCCACCCUUAUCAUUGUCCUCAGUCUGAGCUAUUUGAUCGUGUCAAUCAUUCCAACGCCUUACUCCCGCACGCUUUUGUACAAUGUCCUCUUCCUUGCGUCUUCCCUGGCAGGCAUCAUCCUCACCGUCUUCGCCAUCCCUUUCAACAGUCUCCUCACCAGCCCAACGUCUCACCAUCAGCGAGACUCAAUCCAGUCAUGGACCUGCAAAUUCUCCCGUGGCGCCUCGCAAUUCAUGGCCGAUGCCCAUUCCCUGCAAAUUCCAGUGUACGUAACCAACGGAAUCCCGAUUCCCGCUGGCUUUAAGAGACUGUGCAAGGAGAGCGAGGUGAGUCAGGGGCUGAUUGCCGCGCUGCUGGCCCUGGAGGCGGUGAAUGUGGGAGUGGCCGUGGUGGGCGUGUUGUUGGAGAGGAACAUGGCGAACAGGAGAACGCAGAGGUAUGCUGAGAAAAGUGAGAAGCAGACGGUAUCUUUUGAGAAGAAUUAGGGAUUCGCUCAGACACCAGGCGGAGCCCACUGGCUCAGAUCCUUCGUCACAAGGUCCUGACCCACGGCAAUAUGGGUUUCGAGGAGGCGCCGCCUGUUGAACGGGACGUGCUGGCUAUGGUGGUAGAUUGGCAGAAUGCUUUGGAGCGACACUAUUAACUUUCACUUGGGAGUCCUCUGGGCGGCUGCUACAAUGUAUUUUCCUUCGAGGACGAAAGGUUUCUUCGUCAUAUGUUCUACGCAUAUAAUCAAGACAAGCAAUGACUACUAUCCGCGACGGCCAUCCUGUACCACGUCUCAUACGGGCGGAUAGAAGCCGACGG